AUGGAGGAGUAUCUCAAGCAAGUCCGGGAAGAUUGGAAGACAGGCAGUCGAUGCUGUGUCGGGCCUGUGAAGGAGAUUUGGAACGAUCUGCAAGCGCUGGAAGAGUUGAGCGAUGAAGCAAUUUCAGGCUUAGAGACAGCGGAUGUUGACAGAAAGGAGUUGACGUCCAUAUACGGCAAGCUCUCCAAAUUGACUAAGAGUCUGAAAACUAACUGGAUCCUCGAGCGUGAAGCUCAAGUAGAACGUACCAAGGAAUUAGCAAUGAAGCACCAUAGCUUGAACGAAAUCUCAGGAAUACUAUGGGAGGCCAGGGUUGGGAGGGAGAAAGAGGAGUGGUCGAAGAUUGAUGACGCAUACCUAUACAUGGAAAGAAUCGAGAGCAUAAUGACGCAGUUAGAAGACGACAAAAUGUAG